UUUCACCGCAGCUAUAAAACUCUUCAUAAGCCAGCCACCAUACUCACAUCAUAUGCAGACACGCAAUCUUCCUGUGAUCGACUAACAAUGAAGGUCUCUCUAUACAUACAUCUGCUGUCGUUGGUCCUGACAGCUAGCGUUAGUGGUCACCUAUCUCUUGGGUUGGACAGGUCGAGCAACGAUGCACAAGGGAGCAUAGAUGGAUUUGAACGUCAAGGUCAAAGGGUAUGUUUAUGCGGGCAAGAUUGUAGAUGCCGUGCAUUAGAACAAGAAAAUAUAUGCGCCUCCUUGGAUCAAGGACUAAUGUCAGGAAAACUAAUGUCAGGUGGUUUACAAGGAUGGUACUGGGACACAGUCUUAAAAUAUUUGCAACAUGCUCAUCCAUUAGGUCAAAGACUGGUUUCAGGUCGUUACGGGGGAGAAGGUUACCAAGGAAGGAUUCAGGACAGACUCUCAAGACAUCAGCCACAGUUUGACCCAUUAGGCCAAGGACCAGUGUCAGGAAGAUACUGGGAAGAAGGAGAUGGUUACCAACAAGAGUUCUUGGACAGGAUCUUAAGACGUCAAAGACUGCUUAGUUCCUUAGGGCUAGGAUCGAUGUCAGGAGGAUACUGGGGAAAAGGUGGUGAUUUACAACAAGGGCUCCAGGACAGACUUCCAAAAUAUCUAUCAAAGUUUGACCCAUUAGGCCAAGGACCAGUGUCAGCAAGAUACCGGUUAGAAGGAGAUGGUUACCAACGAGAGUUCUUGGACAAGCUCUUAAGAUAUCAACGACUGCUUAGCUCCUUAGGGCUAGGAUCGAUGUCAGGAGGAUACUGGGGAAAAGGUGGUGAUUUACAACAAGGGAUUCAUGAAAAGCUCCAAAGACAUCUGCCACAGUUUGAUCCAUUGAGUCAAGGAGUGACAUCAGUAGGAUACUUGAUAAAUAAAUUGUUACAGAACAUCCUUUCUAGGUCUCUUCAACAACCUGGAUCCCAAUUGCAGAGGUUGAUGUCAGAUAGAUACUGGGGAGGAGGAGGAGAUGGUUUACAAGGAGGGUUCCAGGACAGGCUCCCAAGACGUCAACCACAGCUUGACUUAUUAGGCCAAGGACUGAUGUCAGAAAGUUACUGGGGAAACAGAGGGUUCCAGGACAGUCUGUCUGGGUCUCUUCAACAGCCUGGAUCCCUAUGGCAGAGGUUGAUGUCAGAUCGAUACAGGGGAAAUAAAGAUGGUUUACAAGGAGAGUUCCAGGACAAGUUCUCAAGACUCUUGCCGCAGUUUGGUUCUUUAGAUCAAGGGCUGAUGCCAAAAGGAUACUGGGGAGGAGGAGGAUUUCUGGACACUCUCUCAAAAUAUCUCCAUCAGUCUGGCCCAUUAAGUAAAGGAAUAAUGUUGGGAAGAUCCUGUGGAAAAGGAAACUUCGAGGACAGUCUAUAUGGACGUCUGCUGCAGCUAGGCUCCUUAGGGCUAGGGUUGAGACCAGAAAGAGAUGAAAAUCGUGGAAUAGAAAAGAUUCUCUAGAAGGCUUUCUGAGGCAAGGCAGUUGAGACAUACUGUGUAUUUCAUUGAAAAAUAAAAGCGGAGAAGAAGUCAAAAAAAGAAUACGGUCCGUCACAGAAAUAUUUGACCAACUAUCACGUGGAUUCAUAAAUGAGUUCUUUAAA